AUGUUCUCUGCCCUAUAUAGGAAUAACCCCCGUUUAUCCCCCGUUGAGAAACUUUAUCAUCUCCUUAAGAAGACUCAAAACGAAGCUCGUGAUAUAGUAAAAUCAUGUCCAUUGACCAACGCAGGUUUUGAGAUGGCAUGGAAAAAUCUUGUUGAAAGAUACGAAAACAAAGAAGUUCUUCUUAACGCCCAAUUAAAGCUACUUUUUAGUUUAACCCCUAUUCAAAAGGAAUCGGGAAACAGUAUAAACACUCUUCAGCGUACAAUCAAUGAUUGUAUAACAAAUCUAUCCAUGCUCGAUAUAGAAACGGAUAAAUGGGAUGUAAUUUUUGUUUAUCUGUGUUCCACUUGCCUUCCAGAUGUUACACUAGAUUUAUGGAAACAACACCACAGAUCCACUAAUGGCCUACCAACUUGGAAGCAAAUGAACGAAUUCCUAACCUCUAGAUAUCAGACUUUAGAGUCCUUUGCGGAUAUUAGAUCUUCCAAACCUCAUAAUACUACAGUUAAGAAUAAUUCUCCUCAAAAACCGCACACUUCUCGUGAUGUUAAGAAGUUUAAUACUUAUCAUACCAACGUAGCACCCAAUAAGUCAGUUAAUAAACCUACAAAAUGUUGCCUUUGUUCCGAUUUCCACUCUCUUCAAAAAUGUCCAACGUUUUUAAAAAUGUCUGUAGAAGACCGCUCAUCUAUAGUCAGAAAUCAGAAACGUUGCUUUAAUUGCUUAGCCUGUUCACACGACUAUAAAAAAUGUUUAAGCAAAUUUGUCUGUCUUUAUUGCAAGCAGAAACACCACACCCUACUUCACCGCACAUUGAACACAUCAAAGAAUAAUCAACCCCAAGAUAGUGGUCAGAACACUCAAGAUAAGACAAAUCCUCCUACUCUAACUAAUCAUAUUGAUACGCCAUCCACAUCUACUGCUGCGGCAGCCCAAAAUCGUCAAACCUUUUCAACUCGUUUACAGUCCACUCAAGCUAAGUUUAUACUUCUUGGAACUGCUUCAGUCGAUGUGUGUGUUGGGGAUGUUAGAUUAAGAGUUCGUGCUCUUAUAGAUCCUGCCUCAGAAGCUUCCUUUGUUUCAUCUUCUCUUAAAAGGAGACUCUCGUUGCCGUCUCGAUUCUCUGAAACACAAGUCACUGGUCUAAACGAAGCCAUAACUGCCACAUCCAGUCAAGUUUGUUCACUUUUAAUCAGCUCUCCCAUCGAUAAGAAUUUUUCAAUUAAAGUUAAUGCAUUUGUUGUCCGUAAACUUACUGGUGAACUACCCUACCACUCCAUUCUCUCAACAGUUAGAAAUAAAUUUAACGGUUUGCAAUUAGCAGACACCGGGCUACAGAAAAGUAGCCCAGUUGAUUUACUUUUAGGUGGUGAUAUAUACCCACAAGUUCUUAAAGAGGGAGUUAAAUGGGAAAAUGAUCAUAAUUUAGUCGCACAAAAGACAGUUUUUGGAUGGGUUGUGACUGGCCAGAUUGGUUCUUCAACUCCAUGUCGAACAGUUUCUUCUUUUUACAACGAAGUUGACCUCAAUCUUCAAUUGACACGUUUUUGGGAACUGGAGGAGGUUCAAGAAGCGAGUCGUAUGUCAGAUGAAGAUCGAUAUUGUGAGAAAUUAUACGAAAGAACAACUUACAGAAAUAAAGAGGGAAGAUUUGUAGUUUCUCUUCCGUUUAAAAAAGAAUUUCCGGUUGAACAAAAUCUAGGCAACUCUCGUGAUACCGCUAUAGCACAAUACCUUCGUAAUGAAGCUCGUCUGGUAAAACAAUCCUCCACAAAAAACGAUUAUGACAAGGUUAUUUCGGAAUAUCUAACCCUUCACCACAUGGUAAAAGUUCAUCCUGACUUAUCGGCAAACCCUAACACUUCGUACUAUCUCCCCCACCAUGCGGUAAUAAAACCAGAUAGUACAACCACUAAACUUCGAGUUGUCUUUAACGCGUCAAAUCCCUCAUCUAGUGGCGUAAGUCUUAACGAUAUUUUAUACGCUGGUCCUGUUCUACAGGCUGAUCUAACGAUUCUCAUUCUAAGGUGGCGACUAUUCCGUUACGUCUUUAAUGCCGAUAUCGAGAAAAUGUAUCGGCAGAUUCUUAUUGACAAGACUCAAACCCCAUUUCAGCGCAUUAUAUUUCGACAAUCACCCGAUGAUCAGUUAAGUGACUUUGAAAUGCUCACAGUGACCUUUGGCGUCAAUUGUGCCCCAUAUUUGGCUAUAAGAACUCUGCUGGAGCUAGCUAAACAAUGUGAAACUGAUUUCCCCAUGGUUUCCGACAUUUUGAGAAAUUAUAUGUACGUAGAUGAUGUUCUAUUUGGGUCUCAUGAUUUGAGCACCGCUCUCCAAGCUCGCAAAGAUCUUACUCAAGUUCUAAAUACUGCCGGUUUUUCACUCAGAAAGUGGACAGCUAACCACAAGCGUCUCCUACAAGAUUUACCACCAAAAUAUCUUCUAGAUUCCAAUUUUUUAAAGUUAUCAGAUUCCUGCACAUCAAAAACUUUAGGUCUGAGAUGGAAUGCAGGAAAUGAUUGUUUUUACUUCAAACCCUUUCAAUUUUCAACGGAAAAUAUUUUCACUAAAAGAGUUGUCUUGUCCCAAAUAGCGAAACUUUUUGAUCCCGCCGGUUGGCUUGCCCCUAAGAUAAUUGUUGCAAAAAUAAUAAUGCAACAAAUCUGGAAAGAUAAUACUGCAUGGGACGAAGAAAUUGCGCCAUCUACUUUAACGCAGUGGCAGGCAUUCCUCGACGAUUAUUCGAAUUUAGAACAUAUACAAAUACCCCGUUAUAUUGACUUUGAUCCAUCAUUUUCCAUUGAAUUGCACGGAUUCUGUGAUGCAUCCGAAGUAGCAUACGCGGCUACUUUAUAUCUUCGGGCCGAAAGUCCAAAGGGACAAGUUUACACGCAUCUUUUGGCAGCCAAGACAAAGGUAGCACCCGUUAAGUUCGUAACACUUCCCCGAAAAGAACUUUGUGGCGCAGAAUUAAUGGCAAGAAUGUUCAAAUCAAUACGAUCGCAAUUGGAUAUUGGAAGUAAUCGUGUCUAUAUGUGGACUGACUCCACUAUAGUUCUAUCAUGGCUGCAAAAACCCCCGAGUCACUGGAAGACAUUUGUAGCAAAUAGAGUCUCUUCUAUAAUUGAUAAAGUAGGAAAAGAUGUAUGGUUUCACGUUGAUUCGAAAAAUAAUCCAGCAGAUCUAGCGUCUCGUGGUAUCACAGCUAGAGAUUUAAUUCAGAAUUCUUUGUGGUGGCAUGGACCCUCGUGGCUUCAAAUGCAACAUUCAACAUGGCCAUCUUCCAUUCCCGAUUUAGAAACCCAAGAGGAAAUGAAACCAAUUAAAGUUCAUGCUAAUCUGGUGACCACAUGUGACAUCUUGAAUAGGUUUUCCGACCUCUCAAGGGCUAUGCGAGUUCUUUGUUAUGUAUUUCGUUUCUUCCACAAAAUCUCCCCUUCUCACAAUUAUCAUUAUGAGUCAAAAGACCUGCUUCAAUCUGAGAUGAAACAUGUGAAACAACGGUUAGUCAUAAUGUGUCAAAAACUUCAUUUUCCAGAGUACGAAGUUUUAGCUCGUGGUUUAUCAGUAUCUAGAAAAAGCAAUCUUCUAGCUUUAAACCCUUUUAUCGACCUUGAAGGAACAAUGAGAGUAAAUGGUCGACUCUCUCAAUCCCCGACACUUACAUACGAUGAAAGAUUCCCCAAAAUUUUGCCUUACAAUGGUAAAUUUACCAGAUUAUAUCUUGAAUUGAUUCAUAAAUCUUCCAUGCACGGAGAAAACUCUGUUUUAUUGCGGCUAAUGCGAAUUGAAUACUGGGUACCGAAGCUUAAAAACUUAACGAAGUUGAUUGUUCACAACUGUAAAGACUGUAUACUGCAAAGGCAUAUACGAAGUAAACAAAUCAUGGGUAUGCUCCCACCUGAACGUACUACUCUCUCACGCCCCUUUACAAACACUGGUGUCGAUUUUGCCGGGCCUUUUGACCUCAAGUCUUAUGUUGGUCGCGGUUGUAAGGUAACAAAAAGCUACGUUCUUGUCUUUGUUUGUUUUUCAACGAAAGCAAUACACUUAGAACUUACCAGUGAGAUAUCUACCCCUGCCUUUAUGGCAGCUUUCUCUCGGUUUUUCUCUCGUAGAGGUUGUCCACAUGUAAUGUUUUCCGAUAAUGGCACUGCUUUUGUUGGAGCUGCCAAUAUUCUUGCUCGAGACAGAGAUAAUUUUCUUUCCCUUGUGCGUCAGGGACUCUUAAGUCAAUUUGCUUUUCAAUCCAUCGACUGGCGAUUCAUACCUCCUGGUGCUCCACAUAUGGGUGGAUUGUGGGAAGCAGGUGUAAAGAGUUUUAAGACCCACCUUAAAAAAGUAACUCACGCCCAGACUUUUACGUACGAAGAGUUUUCUACAAUGCUUAUUCGAAUCGAAGCGUGUUUAAAUUCACGCCCCCUUAGUCCAAUGACUGAAAAUCCUUCAGAUAUUAACGCUCUAACGCCUGGCCAUUUUCUCAUUGGAGCUCCACUUUUAGCGCCCGCUGAACCUGACUCUUCCCAACAAUCCCUAAGCUAUAUAAAUCGAUGGCAAAAACUUAAGGUUCUGCACCACCAUUUUGCACUUAGAUGGAAAGAAGAGUACUUAAAGGAGCUACAUAAGCGGAUUAAAUGGCAGUACCCUCAAAGAGAUUUCGCUGUUAAUGAUUUGGUUGUAGUUAGACGUGAUAAUUUACCUCCAAAUCAGUGGCGUCUAGGGCGUAUAGAAAAGGUUAUUUGUGGACCUGACUCGAAAGUUAGAGUUUGCGAAGUGCGUACAUCUAAUGGCCUAGUAACGCGUCCAAUUGUUAAAUUAGUUUUAUUACCCCCAUUUGAACAGCCAUAA